AUGCCCAAGGAAGCCCCAAAGGGCCUCCAGCCAAGUGAGCAGCAGCUGGAGAUCCUGGAGUACAACUUCUGCAAGGUGAACAAGCAUCCUGACCCCACCACGCUGUGCCUCAUCGCGGCCGAGACCGGGCUCUCCGAGGAGCAGACCCUGAAAUGGUUCAAGCAGCGCCUGGCAGAGUGGAGGAAGUCUGAAGGGCUGCCCUCAGAAAGUGGGUCUGUCAGGGACUAG